AUGGCUCGCCAUGCGGAGCUUACCCGCGAUGAGCGUCUGAAAUGCCGUCUAUUACGAGAUGAAGGCUAUACCUAUCCAUCUAUUGCCUCCCGAAUAGGCUGUUCCGAACGCCAAGCUCGGUAUGCCUGCGAUACGACACAAAUCACGCCUCAGAAGAGGAAAAAGACUGGCCGACGCCCAAAGCUUACCCCUAAGCGCCUUAAUGAGGUAAUCUCCUGGAUUUAG